ACCUCCCAUCGACGUGGUAUAACCCAUGAAGAUGUAAUCGAGCUCUAUGAUUCAGGAGCUCGGACAAUCGUCCUCAGUAUGGGCAAUAUGUCCUGGCUCCACGUUCCUCACACGGUUCUCGAUGAUCUUGAACGCGAUGGUUACAAUGUCAUUGUAAAGUCAACUCCCGUCGCAGUGAGAAUUUACAACAAACUCGCUGAGAAUGGACAUCCAGUAGCCGGCCUCUUCCACACAAAAUGCUAA